GACUGGUGAGCGGUGUCCCAAGGCCACUGCCCGGCUUGGCUGUACCCAUCCUGCAGCCAGUGCACGGACGAGCAUCGUUCCCCAGCUCAUGAAUGAAAACAAAGUCCUGGCAGCAGCGGGGCAUCCUGCGCAGGAGCACAGGACUGUCUUCAUGAGGGACAGCUCUGGAGCCCGGAGAGACCCAAGGUGCAUGGGAUGCUGAAUCUGGCUUCAUCCUAAAACCUCUGCCAGAGGUGCAGAGCAGCCUCUGGAGGAGCAGAGUCAGCACUUGUGCAGAGGCUCUGCCACACCAUCCCUGAGCAAUGCUCUAGAAAACACUGGGACCAUGAAGGGCUUAGGAGAUAACAGAAGCCGCCACCUCUCUGAUAAUCUGGACUCCCCUCAGGACUCUCUUUUUGCCCCUCAGGACAGGAAUCCUUAUCUCCUCAGCCCCACUGACUCCUACACCAUGGACCCGCGGUUCCCAGCGCAGAAUACCCUCCAUGGCGACUGCCUCCUUCCACUCAACAACCAGAUCUCCAACAGCAGCACUUUCCCCCGCAUCCACUACAACUCCCACUUUGAGGUCCCAGAUGAGAACCCUUUUCCGAGCCAUGCCCAAGCCACCAAGAUAAACCGCCUGCCUGCAAACCUCCUUGACCAGUUUGAGAAGCAGCUGCCCAUCCACAGAGACGGCUUCAGCACCCUCCAGUUUCAGAGGAGCGAUGCAAAGCACCGGAGUGAGAGCCCAGGGCGGAUCCGACACCUUGUCCACUCUGUCCAGAAGCUAUUUGCCAAAUCCCAGUCUCUGGAGGGCCCCACCAAAGGUAAUGUUAAUGGGAAGAAGGGGGCUGAUGACCCCAAGCAGAACCGGAGGAGCAAGAGCAAAGAUCGAGCAAAGACCUCCGAGCCCAAGCGUAGAACAAGAUCCAACAUAUCAGGUUGGUGGAGUUCAGAUGACAACUUAGACAGUGAUACCUGCAGCUACCGCAACCCAAUGGGCCUCAUGACACUGGGCCGGCAGCCAGACCACAGCCAGCCCAAGUACUUCAUGCAUGCUUACAACACCAUCAGCGAGCACAUGCUGAAAUCCUCCAAGAGCAAUAAUGACCUCAAGGUCACCCCUUGCACCAAUAUCCCCAUCAACAAUGAGUCCAACUACAUUAAGAGGGGGUCCUGGUCUACACUGACACUCAGCCAUGCCCGGGAAAUGUGCCAGAAGGCCUCAGCCACGAUCGACAAAGCCUUGCUGAAAUCCAAGUCCUGCCAUCAAGACUUGGCCUACCACUACCUGCAGGAUGUGCCAGCGUGCCCAGUAAGCCCCGCUCUGCACAGCUUCCCAGGAGUGCUGGUGCCUCAGGGGGAGUGGAACAACACGCUGUCUCGGGACAAAGACAGCGAGAUCCCGUGCCGACGCAUGCGGAGCGGGAGUUACAUCAAAGCCAUGGGGGAUGACGAUAGUGAAGACUCAGAAACCAGCCCCAAACCAUCCCCGAAAACUGCAGCUCGGAGGCAGAGUUACCUCAAGGCCACCCAACAGUCCCUGAGUGAGCAGAGCACCACCCAAAGGAGUCUGGACCGCCUGGACUCUGUGGAAAUCCUCCUACCUCCAAAGUUCCCAACCUGGGAGGAAGAAUACAACCAGAUCUCUGACAGCGUCAACGAGUCCAGUUGCAUCAGCCAGAUCUUUGGACCCCCCUCACUUAUCCCUCAGAUAUUUACCCAUGGAGAGCAGGCAGGAGAGCCGGAGCUGGGCGAGCAGUACGAGGCCGUGUGCGACUCCACGUACAGCGAGGCCGAGUCGGCGGCCGUGGAGGUGCUGGACCUGCCGCUGCCCAGCUACUUCCGCUCCCGGAGCCACAGCUACCUCCGCGCCAUCCAGGCGGGCUGCUCCCAGGAGGAGGACACGGGCUCCGUCCGCUCCAUCUCCCCGCCGCCCGCAGGCAGCCUCAGCGGCAGCAGGACCCUGCCCAGCAACAGCACCAGAAAUGGAAGUGUCAUUCCCCAAGUCUGGGCUACAGACAGCAGGUUUGACCUCUCUGCAAAAUCCUUGAUGCCCGAGUGCAUCGCUGGGGCUUUAACUGGUCGCUUUUGUACCGUACAGCAGGAGCCUCCCAAGGCUCAGACCGGCAGUUCGCAGCUCCGCUGCAUUAACGUACACGAGUACGGAGAAGCGGGUGCAGCAGAUCGGACUGUGUUUCUGCAUUUCUGCCUCGAGCUUCUGCUUGGAGGGUGUCUCUUGGAUGUUGUAACUGACCUGCUUUUUCUUUCUCUUUUACUGUAUCUCUGUCACUCCGAUCUGUCUCUUGCAUUCUCUGUUCUUCCCACCUCCGUUAAUGCAGGUUCAUCAUGCCUAGUGGCAUAUAAAAAGACUCCACCUCCUGUCCCACCUCGGACCACAUCAAAGCCGUUCAUCUCUGUCACUGUGCAGAGCAGCACCGAAUCGGCACAAGACACCUACCUGGAUAGCCAGGACCACAAGAGCGAGGUGACCAGCCAGUCGGGACUGAGCAAUUCCUCAGACAGCUUGGACAGUACCCGGACGCCCAGCGUGACGAGGGGCAGCGUUGUUACUCCAGCUAGAGAGACUCCAGAGAUACCCCAGAAAAAUGCAACUUUGAAGAGCGACAAAGGGACUCUGACCAGCGAGGAGCCCAAAGUGGAGAACGUCCCCAAAAGAAAGCUGUCGUCUAUAGGAAUACAGGUUGACUGCCUUCAGCCAGUGGUAAAAGAGGAGCCUCCUCCGCCAGUCACCAAAUUCCAGUCCAUCGGGGUACAGGUAGAGGACGAGUGGCGAAACAGCCACUCUCGCAGCAUGUCCUCCAAACAGGACACAGACUCUGACACACAAGAACCUAAUAACUCUAGCUGUAAAUCAUCUGAGAGAAGCCUUGCUGAGUGCCCCCAGCACAACAACUCCGUUAGUGUUGAUGCCAGUACCAGGCAACCAGCCAAGCCCUCACAGAUUAAGAGAAACCUCUCCUAUGGAGACAACAGUGACCCGGCCCUGGAGCCUUCCUCUCUCCCUCCUCCUGACCCUUGGCUCGAGACUUCCUCCACCUCGCCGGCGGAACCCACGCCGCCCGGCGCCUGCCGGCGGGAUGGCUACUGGUUUCUGAAGCUGCUGCAGGCUGAGACGGAGCGCUUGGAAGGGUGGUGCCGUCAAAUGGACCAGGAGACCAAAGAGAACAAUCUCUCUGAAGAAGUCUUAGGGAAAGUCCUCAGUGCGGUGGGCAGUGCACAGUUACUGAUGUCACAGAAGUUCCAGCAGUUCCACGGACUCUGUGAACAAAACUUGAAUCCUAACGCCAAUCCCAGACCCACAGCUCAGGACCUAGCUGGGUUUUGGGAUCUUCUGCAGUUGUCCAUAGAAGACAUCAGCAUGAAAUUUGAUGAGCUGUACCACCUGAAAGCCAACAGCUGGCAGUUGGCAGAGACACCGGAGAGAAAGGAAGAGAAGAAACCACCCCCUCCAGUGCCAAAGAAGCCAGCCAAGUCCAAAACCCAACUGAACCGGGACAAAGCCUCUGACUCGGACAAGCAGCGCCAGGAAGCUCGCAAGCGCCUCAUGGCAGCCAAGCGGGCGGCCUCCGUCCGGCAGAACUCGGCCACCGAGAGCGCAGACAGCAUCGAGAUCUACGUCCCCGAGGCCCAGACCCGCCUUUGAGCAGAGGGGCAGAGGAAGGAACCGCGUGGUUUUUAUAAGUCAUUAAAAAAGGAAAAAAGGUUCUCUCUCAACUAGUGUGAUUUGUUCAGUCUAGAGACAAUGAGCCAUCCUUGAAAAGGGCUCCUGAGUUGGCUUUUUUCUCUCAGCUUUAAGUAAUGAAGAUUUUAAAACAAAACAAAAACAAAACAAAAAAAAAAAAAGAACAAAAAAAUUCCCCUCUCGUUUUUCUCUCACUGGCUGUGGUGUUGCUGAAUGGACUGACGGACUCCUGGAAACUCCAGCUCCUCAACUUGGAACUUAAGUCUUUUUACUUGUUCUAUCUAAUGAGAAUUAUUAGCUUGUUUACAAGAAGAGGACAACAAAACAUGAAGCCUUGAGCACUUGCCAUGCUGUGUUCUUCCUCCUCCCCUCUGUUCUUCCUUCUCAUCCUUUAAGUUCUCCUCCUCCUGCUCCCUUUCUCCCACCUUUUGCAUGGCUUUGUUUACUGUGUUAGAAAUAACCUCUCUUCCACCGAGCUCCUGAAGAGAACACCUAUUCAGUGUGUACUACUGUUGCACUCUGCUAGCAAGCAGCCUUUCUUGAUUUUUAUUUUUUUUUUUUCCUUUUGAGGGGGGUGGGGGGAGGGACAGGGUCGUGGGUUUGUGUUCCUCUAUUUUAUUGAAGUAAGAGAUGACCGAAUCUGUAGAAUGUAAUGCAGAAGUGUCAAAAUGCAGCCCAGGAACUAACAUGUGCAAUAAGCUGGUAAAGAGGGAUGGGGUAGUGAUUGGUUGGCUGAUCCUAAGAGGAAAAAUGUACCCUACUUCUGGCACAGGACCACAGAAAGUAUGGGCAUGAGCUGCACACACUUUGCUUUCUUUUUUUCUUAUUUUUUUUUCCCCUUCCCUUAAUUAUUUUUCCUUGAAUUGCUUGUUGAGAAAGAAGCUGCUACGGGGAGGGGGGAAAGCUGUUUGGAAGUGGGCUGGGGCGGGGAGCGUAGUGGUGUCACAGGGUGGGAGGACCAGGUUUGUACAAAGAGGAAGGGGAGGGUGGCUGACGGGAGGCUGCCUGCCUGUAUGUAUGUGUACAUAUGCACAUAUACACUUAGUACCUGUACAUUUAAUUCAUACACACGUAUACAUGCCCUUACACACAGUGCAGAUGGUGUAGUAAAAGCACCUUGGUGAGAAUGGGCGUAUGUAUAGCAUAUAUUUUUACAUGUACUAUAGCUAGAUGUGUGUAAAAGUGUGUGUAAAAAUAUAUACCCUGUGUGUAAUCAGAUGCCUAUUUUUUCCUUAUCUCCCUGCUCUUUGGGUAGAGGAAGGAUUGCUAAGUAUUUUUUAGCCCAUUUUCCCCCCUUUCUAGGCCUCCUUUUCAGCCUGGUUUCUUGAAGCCAGAGCUGUUGUCACUGAAUUUGUAGCCACCCCUCAAAACAAGCAUUUGGCCCCAUGCUGAGUGAUCUCGUGGGGAUUUUUUUUUCUUUUUUUCUUUUUUCCCCCCUGUUUAUUUGCUUGAAGGAGCUGGGAGAUCUUGUGC